AUGUCGGCUAAUUGCUGUGCAGUGUAUCUGUUCUUACCUGUGCUCACCUGUGCUCUGAUGCGCAGCCGUUUGUCCAGUAACGCGUUCCCUCGCCGGACGCUCCGCUUCCACGGCAGGGCCGAGCUGUCCGCUUCGCCUCUCCCGGUGCCCGGGAGGAGCAGCGCUGCCGCCUGGCGGGCAGCUGCGGUCAGAGCUGGGAGCGGAGCUUCGGACGGCUGCGGUGGCACCGCGGGGCCUCCGGGUGCCGCUGUUGGCCGCCGCUGCCGCCGCUUCCCGUCCCCGCUGGCUGCUCGCUCGCACGGCUCAUCUCACAGCGUACAGAAGAGACGCGGCGACCGAGCCGGAGCCCGCAUCGCUGCGUUCCGACCUCUUUCGGAGCUCGGGACGGACGGAAUUCAGCUGGAAGCGCUGCGGGAGGAGGAAGGAGAGCGGCGAGCGCUGCUUCCAAUGGCGGGCGGGCGGCGAAGGAGCCGCUGCAGAGCGGGAGAGGGGCUGCUGCUCGCUUUGCUGCUGUGCUGCUGCUGCUGUCGAGCGGCGCCGGAGCGGCUCCGUUACGCUAUUCCCGAGGAGCUGAGCAGAGGCUCGCUGGUGGGGCCGCUGGCGCGGGACCUGGGGCUGAGCCCGGCCGAGCUGCCGGCGCGUCAGCUGCGGCUCAGCUCGGAAAAGCGCUACUUCGCCGUGAACGGGGAGAACGGGAACCUGUACGUGAGCGAGAGGCUGGAUCGGGAGGAGCUGUGCGGCGAGUCGGCGUCCUGUGCCGUCAGCUUCGAGGCGGUGGUGCAGAACCCGCUCAACGUCUUCCAUGUCGAAGUGGCCAUCCACGACGUUAACGACAACGCUCCGCGCUUCAUGCGAGACAGCAUCCAGCUGGAGAUCAACGAGUUCACUCCUCCCGGUGCCCGCUUUGCCGUAGGGAUCGCCGAAGAUCCGGACGUGGGCUCGAACUCGCUUCAGGGCUAUGAGUUGGAGGACAACGAGUAUUUUGCGCUGGAGGUGAAGCAGAGCGAGGAAGGCAGCAAGUUCGCAGAGCUGGUGCUGCGCCGGGCACUGGACCGGGAGCGCGAGCAAAGCCUGCGCCUGGUGCUGACGGCACUGGACGGCGGCGAUCCUCCUCGGAGCGGCACCGCCCAGCUCCUCAUCAACGUCACCGACGCCAACGACAACGCGCCUGUGUUUGCGCAGGAGCGGUACCGGGUGAGCCUGCGCGAGGACGCGCCGCCGGGCUCCGUGGUGCUGCACGUCUCAGCUUCCGACGGCGAUGAGGGCACCAACGCCCGCAUCACGUACGGCUUUGGGGAAAUGCCAUUCAAAGUGCUGCAGAAGUUCGCGGUGAACGCCGAGAACGGGACGGUAACGCUGCGGGAGGAGCUGGAUUUCGAGGACACGCGGGGCUACACGGUGCUGGUGGAGGCGCGGGACGGGGGCGGGCUGGUGGCUCACUGCAAAGUGCAGCUGGAGGUGCUGGACGUGAACGACAACGCGCCCGAGGUGACGCUGACGUCGGUGUCGAGCCCGGUGCCCGAGGACGCACCGCCCGGUACCGUCGUGGCGCUGCUGAAAGUACGGGACCGGGACUCCGGCGAGAACGGGCGGGUGCGGUGCGAGCUGUCGGGAGAGGCGCCGCUGCAGAUCGUGACAUCGUCGGGCGGCUCCUACAAAGUGGUGACGACGGGUGCGCUGGACCGGGAGCGGGCGUCCGAGCACCGGGUGACGGUGAUCGCCACGGACGGGGGCAGCCCUGCGCUGUCGAGCCGCGCGGAUCUGGCGCUGGAGGUGUCGGACGUGAACGACAACGCGCCGGUGUUCGAAGAGGCCGCCUACAGCGCCUACGUGCCGGAGAACAACGCAGCGGGAGAGCCGGUGCUGCGCGUGAGCGCGCGGGACGCGGACGCGGGCGCCAACGGGCGCGUGAGCUACGCGCUGGCGGGCGGCGGCGCGGACGCGGCGUUCGUGUCGGUGCGGGCGGAGACGGGCGAGCUGUACGCGCAGCGCUCCUUCGACUACGAGCGGUGCCGCGAGUUCGCCGUGGAGGUGCGGGCGCGGGACGGCGGGACGCCGGCGCGCAGCGCGACGGCGACGGUGCGCGUCUUCGUGCUGGACCGCAACGACAACGCGCCGCGGGUGCUGUGGCCGGCGGCGGGCGGGGCGGAGGGCGGCGGCGCGGGCGCGGGGCCGUUCGAGGUGGUGCCGCGCUCGGCCGAGGCCGGCUACCUGGUGGCCAAGGUGGUGGCGGUGGACGCGGACGCGGGGCGCAACGCGUGGCUGUCGUACGAGCUGCUGCGGGCGCCGGAGCCGGCGCUGUUCCGCGUGGAGCCGCGCAGCGGCGAGGUGCGCACGGCGCGGGCCGUGUCGGAGCGGGACGCGGCCAAGCAGCGGCUGGUGGCCGUGGUGAAGGACCACGGGCAGCCGGCGCUGUCGGCCACGGCCACGCUGCACGUGGUGCUGGCCGAGAGCGUGCGGGACGCGCUGCCGGAGCUGGGCGAGCAGAACGCUGAGUCCGAGUUGGCUUCUGAUCUGAACCUCAUUCUCGUGGUAGCUCUUGCUUUGGUGUCCUCGCUAUUCGUUUUCACUGUCAUUUUGGUCGUGUUCUUUAAAUGCCGACGCGCCAGGAGCCCCCCCAUCUUUCUGACUUCUGAUAAGGAGCUCUACUCCAGCUUGGGCCCCAAAGCGCCCUUUAACUACUGCAGCAGCACGCUGCCCCUGCCCUAUGCCUACGAGGUGUGCCUGGCCUCCGAGUCGGGCCAGAAGGACUUCACGUUUCUCAAACCCGGGGCAGCAGCCCUCUCUGACCUUCUUUUGGCGGGGGAAGCCAGUGCAGGUGGUCACUCCGAAAAGGACCCUCCCGACCCUGACAGCUCGUCACAGUUUCCCGCCCUUUCUGGCCGCUUCCGCUCCGUUAACUCGCACCGCCGGACUUUCCCCGUGCGUGGGGACGGGAUGAGCGCUCACUGA